CCGGGGGCGGGGCUGGCGGCGGGACUCGGGGACCAUGGACGAGCCGAGCCUGCUGCGGCGCCGCGGGCUCCAGAAGGAGCUGAGCCUGCCCCGCCGAGGACGUGGCUGCCGCAGUGGGAACCGCAAAAGCCUGGUGGUGGGAACCCCAUCGCCCACCCUCUCCCGGCCCCUGUCUCCACUGUCUGUCCCAACUGGCAGCAGCCCCCUAGACAGUCCUCGGAACUUCUCAGCCGUAUCGGCCAUCAACUUCCCCUUUGCUCGAAGGGCGGAUGGCAGGAGAUGGUCGCUGGCAUCCCUCCCUUCUUCUGGCUAUGGAACCAACACUCCCAGCUCCACAGUCUCGUCCAGUUCAUCCUCGCGCGAGCGCCUCCACCAGCUUCCUUUCCAACCAACGCCGGACGAGCUGCGCUUCCUGUCCAAGCAUUUCCGCAGCUCCGAGAAUGUGGUGGACGAGGAGGGUGGCCGCUCCCCCCGCCUGCGCCCACGCUCCCGGAGCCUCAGCCCAGGACGUGGAACAGGCACUUUUGACAAUGAGAUCGUCAUGAUGAACCACGUGUACCGGGAGCGCUUUCCCAAGGCCACGGCGCAGAUGGAGGGCCGACUGCAGGAGUUCUUAACGGCCUUCGAGCCCGGCGACAAGCUGGCCCUGGCCGAUGGAGUCCUGGGCUUCAUCCACCACCAGAUCAUCGAGCUGGCCCGGGACUGCCUGGCCAAGUCCCACGAGGCACUCAUCACCUCCCGCUACUUCCUAGAGAUGCAGGAGAAAUUGGAGAGGCUGUUGAUGGACGCCCACCAGCGGUCGGACAGCGAGGAGGUGGGCUUCGUAGUCCAACUCGUCCGGAAGCUGCUGAUCAUCAUCUCACGGCCCGCGAGGCUCCUAGAGUGCCUGGAGUUUGACCCCGAGGAGUUUUAUCACCUGCUGGAGGCCGCUGAGGGCCAAGCCCGUGAGGGCCAGGGCAUCAAGACGGACCUGCCCCAGUACAUCAUCGGGCAGCUGGGCUUGGCCAAGGAUCCCCUGGAAGAGAUGGUGCCUCUGAGUCACCUCGACGAUGGUGGACAGCCUCCAGCCCCUGAGUCCCCUGAGAACCGGGCCUUGGCCGGCCAGUGCCGGAGGAAGCCGUGUGAGAAUGACUUCGAGACCAUCAAACUCAUCAGCAAUGGGGCAUACGGUGCCGUCUACCUGGUGCGGCACCGUGAGACACGGCAGCGCUUUGCCAUCAAGAAGAUCAACAAGCAGAACCUGAUGCUGCGGAACCAGAUCCAGCAGGUGUUCGUGGAGCGCGACAUCCUUACCUUCGCUGAGAACCCCUUCGUGGUCAGCAUGUUCUGCUCCUUCGAGACGCGCCGCCACCUCUGCAUGGUCAUGGAGUACGUGGAAGGCGGUGACUGUGCCACGCUGCUGAAGAACAUGGGUCCGCUGCCUGUGGACAUGGCACGCAUGUACUUCGCCGAGACCGUGCUGGCGCUCGAGUACCUGCACAACUACGGCAUCGUGCACCGGGACCUCAAGCCUGACAACCUGCUCAUCACGUCACUGGGCCACAUCAAGCUGACCGACUUUGGCCUGUCCAAGAUCGGCCUCAUGAGCAUGGCCACCAACCUGUACGAGGGCCACAUUGAGAAAGACACCCGGGAGUUCGUGGAUAAGCAGGUGUGCGGGACCCCCGAGUACAUCGCGCCCGAGGUGAUCUUCCGCCAGGGCUAUGGCAAGCCGGUGGACUGGUGGGCCAUGGGCAUCAUCCUCUAUGAGUUCCUGGUGGGCUGCGUGCCCUUCUUCGGAGACACGCCCGAGGAGCUCUUUGGCCAGGUGGUCAGCGAUGAGAUCAUAUGGCCAGAGGGGGACGAGGCCCUGCCCGCUGACGCCCAGGACCUCAUUACCCGGCUGCUUCGACAGAGCCCGCUGGACCGACUGGGCACUGGUGGCACUCACGAAGUUAAGCAGCACCCCUUCUUCCGGACGCUGGAUUGGGCAGGGCUCCUGAGGCAUAAGGCCGAAUUCGUGCCGCAGCUCGAGGCCGAGGAUGACACCAGCUACUUCGACACGCGCUCUGAGCGGUACCGGCACCUGGGCUCGGAGGACGAGGAGACCAAUGACGAAGAAUCAUCCACGGAAAUCCCGCAGUUCUCCUCCUGCUCCCAUCGCUUCAGCAAGGUCUACAGCAGCUCCGAGUUCCUGGCUGUGCAGCCCACCCCAAGCCUGGCCGAGAGGAGCUUCAGUGAGGACCGGGAGGAUGGCUGGGACCGCAGCGAGGUGGAUUACGGCCGGCGCAUGAGCAGUGCUGAGAUCCGACUGCGGCCCUCCUCCUCUGGGACCUCCUCGUCUCAGCCUGAGCGGGGCCCCAGCCCGUCUGUCCUGAACACCAUCAGCCUGGACACCAUGCCCAAGUUUGCCUUUUCCUCAGAGGAUGAAGGAGUGGGCCCAGCCCCAGGGGGGCUCCAGAAACCUGUCUUCAUUCUGGGGGAACCAGACCCCCUCCCAGCGGCCACCCCCGGGGCAUCAAAGCCCUCAGGCCUUUCAGCAGACACCGCUGCCCUCAGCCACGCACGGCUGCGGAGCAAUAGCACAGGCGCGCGCCACUCCACCCCACGGGCUGUGGAUGCCACGCGGGGCCGCCGCCUGGGGGCCGCCAGGGAGUCGGGUCUGGAGAAGGCCAGGGCAGGCACCGGGGGGGGCCGUGUGCCCAAGUCAGCCUCUGUGUCCGCCCUGUCGCUCAUCAUCACGGCAGAUGACGGGAGCGGUGGCCCCCUCAUGAGCCCGCUGUCCCCACGCUCGCUGUCCUCAAACCCGUCCUCCCGAGACUCCUCUCCCAGCCGGGACCCGUCCCCCGUGUGCGGCAGCCUGCGGCCCCCAAUUGUCAUCCACAGCUCAGGGAAGAAAUACGGCUUCAGCCUGCGGGCCAUCCGCGUCUACAUGGGGGACAGCGACGUCUACACUGUGCAUCACGUGGUCUGGAGCGUGGAGGAGGGAGGCCCGGCCCAGGAAGCGGGUUUGCGCGCCGGGGACCUGAUCACACACAUCAACGGGGAGUCGGUGCUGGGACUGGUGCAUAUGGAUGUGGUGGAACUGCUGCUGAAGAGUGGGGGCAAGAUCGCGCUGCGCACCACGGCCCUGGAGAACACCUCCAUCAAGAUGGGGCCGGCGCGCAAGAACGUGACCAAGGGCCGCAUGGCGCGGAGGAGCAAGCGCAGCCGCCGGCGGGAGACGCAGGACCGCCGCAAGUCCCUCUUCAAGAAGAUCUCCAAGCAGACGUCCGUGCUGCACACCAGCCGCAGCUUCUCGUCCGGCCUGCACCACUCGCUGUCCUCCAGCGAGAGCCCAUCUGGCUCCCCGACCCACAGCCUCUCGCCCAGCCCCACUACCUCCUGCCGAAACCCUGCACCCGACGCCCCCGCAGAUAACUCAUCCCCGCCUAGCGUGUCCCCGAGCUCCAGCAGCCCAGCCUCGCCAGCCACGGCCAGCCACGCCCGUCCCAGCUCCCUGCACGGCCUGGCUGCCAAGCUGGGGCCACCCCGGCACAAGACAGGGCGCCGCAAGUCCACCAGCAGCAUACCGCCAUCCCCGCUGGCCUGUCCACCCCUGUCGGCUGCUGCACCCCGCUCGCCCUCCCCGCUGCCCGGGCACCCACCGGGACCUGCCCGCUCCCCCAGGCUGCGCCGGGGCCAGUCCGCGGACAAGCUGGGUAUGGGCGAUCGGUCAGACGGGGAGGCCAGCCGCCGGGGGCGUGGGCAGGACUCGGAGCUGGUGGUGAUGCGGAGGCUGCACCUGUCGGAGCGCAGGGACUCCUUCAAGAAGCAGGAGGCCGUGCAGGAGGUGAGCUUCGACGAGCCGUUGGACGGGUCCCCCGGGCCAGCUGCCGGCGUACCACAGAUCGCGGUGGAGGAGCCCCCGGGGCUGGCCGUCCCCCUGCCGCAGAGCGAUGUGGAGGACGCAGGGGAUGCCUCGGGCCCCGCAGGGAAGGACUGAGACCGCGGGAAGCCG